AUGGUGCCCUAUUUCAUUGGUCGACAACAAAGAGUUGAAGGAAUCUCGCGUGCGUUGACGUCCACAUCUGCUCGGCUAGUCUCUGUAUCUGGACCCCCUGGUUUUGGCAAAACCUCAUUGGCAAUUGCAGUAGGACACCAAGUUAGACAACUAGGACUACCAGUUUAUUUCCUUUCCUUGAGAAGCGUCAAGACGGCGGAAGAGCUGACCUCUGACCUCUUAAACACCUUUGCAAAUGCGUCUGAUACAACGGGGCGAGAGCGUUCAAAACUAUGCGGACUCCUCAGUGCAAUUCCUUCUAAUAUAUGCAUCAUCCUCGAUAACGCUGACGUUCUUUUUGAGAGUGGUGGUGAAACGAGCCAAGAUGUUUUAGAGCUUUUGGAAAAGAUAUUUUCGCAUUGCAAGAAUGUGUCCUUUCUACUGACCACAAGAGCGUGUCUUCAAUCGGUACUAGGAAGAAAAUUUGCUGGUCACACCUCUGUCGGUGUUGUAUCGCUAGACAGGAAAUCGUCACAAAUGCUUGUUCAAGAACUUGUCCCUGCUGGUGAUGAAAGUGAAUGCUGCAGAGUGGCUGAGAUUUGUGGAGACGUUCCGCUCGCUAUCAAACUUUUGUGCGGUCAAAUCGUUGACGAGAAGAAGAGUGCAUCUCAAUUCCUUGACCACUUUAGUUGCUCUUCAAAAACGAUAGUAGCGUUGUUAGACGAUCCAGACGCGCCUAAUGAUCAACGUUUAAAUAUGCUGUUUGAGUCUUAUUUCAAACGACUAUCUCGGGAAGAGCAAGAAGCAUUUGUUUGUCUUUCUGUUUUUGUCAGUGAAGUGUUCGACGAGCAAGCUGCAGUAAACGUCAUUGGAGGAGAUGAAGACACGGCAAAGAAAACUUUGUUGAGGCUCAAGAGAAAAUAUUUGGUUGAAGGAAAUUCCUCCCGACCAGUGCUGUUUUCGUUUCACCCUCUGAUCAGGUCAUUUGGUUCCGAAAGAGCAGCUGACAUGAAAGAAAUUGCUCGCGAAGCACAAAGGCGAUUCCUGAGUUAUUACGUCAAGUUGUUUGAAGAUUUAAACAACCAGUUUCUCGCUGGAAAUUCUCUGCUCGCAUUUCACACUUUUGAAUUUCACAAAGAAAAUAUGGUGCAUAGUCUCUCCGAAGGUCUUCAAGACGAGGUUGUCUGUGACGCAAUUUUCGAUGUUCUUGCCGAUGCGGAUCUAUUUCUGGAUACUGUUUUCUACUUUGAGCGUAGCUGGAUAUUUCAGAAAAUUUACAAUUUAGCAAUAGCCAAGGCAAAAGAGCAGCGUAAAUUUAAAGCUGUCCACGAACUACUAAUUGCUAAAGCUUUUGGUGGAGUAAGCCAGCUUGGUGGACCUACAUUGACAUUACUAAAAGAGGCCGAAGAAAUAAAGAAGCAAAAUCCUCUUCUUACUUCAGAAGUUAUCAUGGGAAAACGAAUGUGUUACAAUGGGAUUCACUUGUUAAUAUAUGGAGCGGUAGCAAAAGGGGGCGAAAUUCUUGAAACAGGAAUAUCUCUGUUGAGUUCCGAAAAUACUGUACUUAAGGUUUUAUGCUCCCAGAUUCUUGCUUUGAUAACUCCUCACAGAGAAAAGUCUUCCUACUACAGGAACGUUGUUUUAACUGAAUGCGCUGACAGACCAUCCCUAUAUGCUUUCUUCAAAGCUAUACAAGAAAAUGAUUGCGCUGACGAGAAAGAAAACCGAAAAGCUUUAAAACAACCACUCAUUUUGCUGCUUGCUCUUAAAAUCAACUCUAUUGGAUAUUACAAUGACUUGAAGGAGGUAAUGCACAAACUUGGUUUUUUCAUCUCCAAGUUACAGAAAGAAGUCGAAGCUGAGGCACAGAACGACCGUCUAUAUUUACCUCUACUCUUCAUCGUUGAAAACACCCUGGCAAGGAUCAAAGUAGAGCAAGAGAGUCCAGCAGCGCUGCAGCUCGCUCUUGACAAUUUUAUAGAAGAAAAUGGUCGGUUAAACCCGGAUACAGCCAAAAGGUACUAUACUAUCGGAAGAAUUUUACGCAAACAGAAAAAUUAUGAUGCUUCUUUGAGAUCUCAUUAUGAAGCACUAGACAUCAGACUGAAGCUUUAUGGGAACAACUCAGAUACGGCCAAGAGCUAUUUGCAGAUUGGAUAUGCCCAAUAUGGGAGAGGCGAUUACGAGUCAGCACUGCAAUCUUUUGAGAAAGUACUUGCUAUCGGACAAAAUCUUCAUGGGAAAACCGAUCCAGACAUCGCCCGCGCUUGUUCUAUAAUUGGAGCGACAAAGUAUCACUCGAAAAAGUAUGAUUCAGCUAUGCAUUGGCUCCAGCAAGCCCUGGAUAUUAGGGUGGCGCUUUAUGGAAAGGAACACCCAGCCUCCGCUCAAAGCUACUACUGGAUUGCAGAAUGUCAAUACGAAAUGCAAGAUUAUGAUUCUGCUCUGGAUUCAUGCCAGCAAGCACUUGAUAUCAGGUCAACGCUGUUUGGACAGGAGAACGAAGAUACAAACAACAGCUAUCGCCAAAUGCAAUUGAUACGAAGCAAAAAACCGCUUUCUUACUUUAAGAAAAAAAAUAAUUUCAAGAACUUUUUCUUGAAAUAAGUCCAAAGUUCUUCGGAGAAUAAUGAGAAUACUUUUUCUUAAAAAAAAUUUUUACCGGGAAAAAUCAUGUUCUUAUUUGGAGA